AUGACGGGCUUCGUACGAACGAUGAAUACAUGGUGGCUCACCAAGGUCACGAUUUUUGCACUGCUACUACUCUUGAGUCCUCAACAUGUCUUGGGAGCACCUGCAGCUGUAUCAAAUUCAACAGGUCGCCGACGUAUCAGUAUCAAUACCUCCUGGCGUUUCUCUCGCUUCGCAAUCAAUCCCGACUCCCUCUCUUAUGCGACACUAAAACCUUACAUGCUUCCCUCUGGCAACGACUUUAUCCUCGCCGGCACCCAACACGCCCGUCCUUCCGGGACAGCUCCAGGAAGUAGUAUUACCUACAUCCAGUCUUCAUUCGACGACAGCACUUGGGAAACCGUGACUCUCCCCCACGACUGGGCGCAAAAAGGCCCUUUUAAUGCGCCUGGAAUCUCGGGCGGGAUGGGGAAAAAGCCCACCAACGGAGUGGGAUGGUAUCGCCGUAUUGUUACCAUGGAUGCUUCAGACAAGAGCAAAUACACAUUCCUGGAUAUCGAUGGCGCAAUGUCUUAUGCAUCAGUUUGGCUUAAUGGCAACUUAGUGGGAGGUUGGCCGUAUGGCUAUGCUUCGUUCCGACUUGAUUUGACGUCGUAUAUGAAUGUUGGGGAUAACUUGCUUGCUAUUCGGCUUGAUAAUCCCGUCGAUUCUUCGAGAUGGUAUCCGGGCGCUGGGCUUUACCGUAAUGUCUGGCUUGUUACAGUUGAUACCAUACAUGUGGGGCAGUAUGGCACUUUUAUCACAACACCAUCUGUCUCCGCCCAAACGGCCACUAUAAGCCUGGCGGUAUUCGUGAAUAAUAAAGGGACCACCAGUCGAGAUAUUGAGGUGCUGGCCGAAGUGUAUGAGAUCGAUUCAGCAACGGGGAAGGCUGGUGCAGCUGUUGUUGCGGCAUUCCCAGCAGCAGCAGCAACUAUGGCAGCAGGCUCAACGUCUUCCAUCGACAGUUCAGCCAUGGUGACCAACCCACAGCUAUGGGGACCACCUCCAGCGCAGACACCCAACCUGCGUCUUGAUCAAUGGCAACGCUGCUCUCUUGGAGCUGCCUUCCACAUCCGGGCGGCUGAGCGGCAGCUGCAGAUGUUGCAAGACAUGCGAUGUAACGCGCUCCGAAUGUCACAUAAUCCACCAGCCCCUGAAUUGCUAGAAAUCGCUGAUCGGCUAGGGUUUAUGGUUCUCGACGAGAUUUUCGACUCUUGGACGAGCUCCAAGACGACAAACGACUUCCAUACAAUUUGGGCAGACUGGCACGAGCCAGACCUUCGAUCAUUUAUCCACCGUGAUCGUAACCAUCCUUCUAUCAUCGCCUGGAGUUUCGGCAACGAGAUUGUUGAUCAACAGGAGAGCUCGAUGGGCGGCACCGUGGCCCAGCCAAUGCAUGACUGGAUACACGCCGAAGACGGAACGCGGCCAACCACAUCUUCCAUGAACAUCGCCACCGCGGGCAGCUCCUUUGCCAACGUUUAA